GGUCUGACGAAAUGCUUGCCCCGUGUAUCUUCUUCAUUCUCCAGAGAUGCUCUGUCGACGACGAGGAGUACCCGUCGUCCAAGCCGUCGAAACAAGAAGAAGAAGCUGACGACAAGCCCUCAGCAGCAGCAGCAGCAGCGCAGGGCGACGCAAUGUCAGAAGAAACUGAGGCUCCCGAGGUGAGCCGCGCGUGCGCCCGGGACUACCCGGCCGAGCUGCAGAGCAGGGCGCUGGAGCAGGUGAACUCGUCACCCAGAGUGGCGGCGUCGUUGAGCAAGGUGCCGAUCACGUCGCCACGGCCGAGCCCGCGGAUCAGAUUGAACCUACGAUCCAAUCUAGGAAAGGUACACAUAUCGUUUCAAAGAAGCCAAAAAAAAAAGUUUCAGUCUAAAUAGGUACAUUGUCACUCAGCAAAGACGGUUAUUAGCUGAC